GGAAACUCCCGUGCAGCGCACGAGCCACCCUGAUCCUCCACUCUCCUGCUGUAGCCGAAGGGCGCGCACAGCGCCUCGCGCCACUGCAAGAAGACCACCCGUAAACUGACCUGAACCUCGUUAUGCAUCCGCUCGCGGGGCUGUGAGUGAACCCUCGCGACCCCCCCGAGACGGGAGAGUCGCGAGAGACCCCCACAGUGCCCAGCAUCGUGAGCGCACGAGCACGAGCGAAACGAGCGCGCGGACGACCAACAGCACGACCACCAUGUAAAAUAACGGCGAUGUCCGACGGCCUGACGCGCGCGCCCGUUUCUGCAGGCAAUGGCUGAAGCCCCGUCCCUGGAGCUGUAGUGCGCGAGCGAGCGAGCGAGCGAGCCAUGGCGGAGGAGUCGCGCGGGAGCCUGAGCGUGCUGAGCUGGGAGCAGGUGCGCCGGCUGGACGCGCUGCUCGCGGAGUCCAUCCCCAUCCACGGCCGCUGGAACUUCCCCACGCUGCACAUGAGGCCGCGCGACAUCGUGCGGGUGGUGCGCGCGCGCCUGCGGGAGCGGCACAUCGACGUGCGCGAGGUGCGCCUGAACGGUUCGGCGGCGAGCCACGUGCUGCACGAGGACAGCGGGCUCGGCUACAAGGACCUGGACCUGAUCUUCCGCGCGGACCUGAAGGGCGAGCGCGAGUUCCAGACGGUGAAGGAGGUCGUGCUGCACUCGCUGCUGGACUUCCUGCCCGCCGGAGUCAACAAGGAGAAGAUCACGCCGCUCACGCUGAAGGAGGCCUACGUUCAGAAGAUGGUGAAGGUCUGUAAUGAUUCUGACCGCUGGAGCCUCAUCUCGCUGUCUAAUAACAGUGGGAAGAAUGUGGAGCUGAAGUUCGUGGACUCUCUGAGGCGGCAGUUCGAGUUCAGCGUUGACUCCUUCCAGAUCCGCCUGGACUCACUGCUGCUCUUCUACGAGUGCUCGGAGAACCCCAUGGCCGAGACCUUCCACCCGUCCAUCGUGGGCGAGAGCGUGUACGGCGACUUUGAGGAGGCCUUGGAGCACCUUCGCUGCAAGCUCAUCUGCACGCGCAACCCUGAGGAGAUCCGUGGUGGAGGCCUGCUCAAGUACUGCCACCUGCUGGUGAGGGGAUUCCGUGCUGCCUCGCAGCCGCACAUGAAGCAGCUGGAGCGCUACAUGUGCUCGCGCUUCUUUAUCGACUUCCCGGACGUGGCCGAGCAGCGGCGGAAGCUGGAGUCGUAUCUGCAGAACCACUUCGUGGGGCUGGAGGAGCGCAAGUACGAGUACCUGAGCACGCUGCACGGUGUUGUUAGCGAGAGCACCGUGUGCCUGAUGGGCCAUGAGCGCCGACAGGCCCUCAGCCUCAUCACCAUGCUGGCUGUGCGAGUGCUGGCUGAGCAGAACGUCAUCCCUAACGUGGCCAACGUCACUUGCUACUACCAGCCAGCACCGUACGUUGCAGAUGGAAACUUCAGCAACUACUAUGUGGCCCAGGUGCAGCCAGUUUACACUUGCCAGCCCUCAAACACCUUCUGUCCAUGGCUGCCCUGCAACUGAGAGCGAUCAGGUAUACGUUAGCAGUCAAAAAGAAUUGCUGAGACGCAUGUUAUGCACUGAUGCAUACCAACUUUUUUCAUAUGCUUGAAGGGAUCUACAUCCCAUACCAUUCGUCAACUCCAGGCAAUAGUCUGGCCAAAAAUCAGAUGUGGACAAGUUUGCUCUUUAUGCCAACAUCUACCCAUCACCAAAGUCUGCAGCAUUUUGUCCCUUAACGUUGCCAAGAACUGCUUACUUUAACAGGAACGGACCAUUUGACAUCCAAAAUAACUAAGCACAGUUUGCUGUUUUAGCAUAAUUGAAGCCAACACAAUAAUAGUGGCUGGCUAUAAACUUCAUUUAUAAACUCCAUUAGCUCCCUUUACCUCCAGUACAGAAAAAAAGCAAACAUCAGACACCGGAUGUCUUGGCGAUUGGUGAAUGAUGGAUAGAUGAAUAUGGGGUCUAUUGGAAGACCAUUUGCUUGGCCAACCAUUGUUUUAAAUAAGUAAAGGCACAAACAGCAACUGUACAUUUCAGGUCAGGGAGUGGUUCGAGGUGAAAAUUCACUCGAUGGUAUGGCCAGCACAAUUCCAUACGCAAUUCCCAUUGAAAAUUUGUGGGAAAAAUUGAAAGGGAAGAUAAACACAAAAUGGUGUAACAAGGCAGUGUUAGGUUGUCAUCAAGAAAAUAGCUUUUGUUAACACUCGUCAUUGCCCAUUUCCUUCAUUCAUUUCUUUACUAUGUCAGUGAUCAUCACCAAAAAACAUCUAAGCAAUUCUUCUUGACUGCUGGUGUAUAGUGACGGACAGUUGUGAGGACCAAUCAGACCACCUUUCGUUUGCUUCGAUGAUGUGACAGAUGUACAUUUUUUUUUUUGUGUUGAUAAUAUGGAGAAGUCAAGACCACACAAUGCUGGCGGCAAAACCCAUGAGAUGGGAAGGUGGAUGAAAGGUCACUUGGCUUUGUUCCCAGAGGACGUCAUGCUGUGCCCAGGUGUUAAGAGACUGUAGGCCGAUCCUGGAGAAACACCACACAGGCUAAAAGGCAACAAUCAUGACAACACACAAUCUAGAGCUUGACCAAGCUCAGAUUUCAUUCUGUCACCUGAUAUCAGGUGAAGGAUGAGAGAGAUCAUUCUCUUUCUAGUUUUGCUUUGUGUUUAGGACCUGUACAAAGACUUGAAGAGAUGUACAAAUAUAUUAAGGCUUGUCACCACAUAGGUUGUUGUGAAGGCAGAUGGGAUAGAGAAGAAAAGAUCAUUCAGAGACUCAGUCAAAUAACCAGGGACAAAAAAAAAAAAAAACUGUUUACAAAACCAAAGAUAUUUUCUUAGAUGUCAGUUAUAGCUGGAAAAAGAAACAGUUUUUAUUAACAUUCUCUAACUAUCCAAGUGCCUGCAACACAUCAAAUGCAACAAAAAUUUAUAGAGCAAAAUCCCUUUGAGUUUGAGAAUCGAAUGGGGGUGUUGCCCUGGACACGAUGGAGGGACUCAUUUUAGUGUGUUUGUGGGUGUGGGUGUGUUUUCAUUCUACAGUAAAUAUAAGGGAACAGUCUCUUUUUGUAUUUUCUAAAAGGUAUUAUUUGGGGGUGAAAAUCUCUGACCUCAAAGGUAUUGAUAUAAUCAAAAUUCUGUACAUUGUGAAAUCUCAGAUUGCACUAAAAUUUGAUUUGAUUUGACUGGAUUACACUGAUGACUGGAGGACGCAGUAGUGGAAUUCCAACAAAACAAGCAAUGCCAAAUGAGCGUAUACUUUACUGAAUGUCGUUAGAAUUGACCACUUGCAAAAUAAUGAUGACAUGCCUCUCGGCUAAUAACAGUCGUCCAUCAAAACUCCUCAGUGAGAAUGUCGAUGGUAGUAAAUUAGGUAGAACUAAUAGACUAAGAGAUGUUAAAAGUACAUGCAAACCAGACCUACUGUACUUUCUGACACUUCUGCGCUCUCGGUUGCAGUUAAAAACUCAUGCAAAUGUCAUUUUUACUCUUUUAUUAAACUUUGUUAAAGGAUCUCAUAUAAAGGGGCUCAGCAUGUAACAUUGCUCUAAUUAGCUCCAAUGUUAGCUUUAGCAUUGGCUUUAGAAUUAGCUUAUCUGAAGGGGCAGCUCAAGUGCAAGUUCUCAAAUAUCAAACAUCUUGUAAAGCUACUUAAUUUUGAAUAAUGUUCUCAGAGGUACUCCUCUACUUGUAAAGUUUCCGUUGUACUAAAGAACUUACUGGCCUCUUAGCACAAGUGCUAUGGACGGUACCAGGUCAUGUUUGCUGAAACAAAGGUAGCAGUAGUAACAAAAGGAGGCAGAGUCAGGAGUAGAGGGCUUGUCAGAAUUUUGCAAAUGGUCAGUUGAUUAUAAUCUACCUAGACUUUCCCCUCUGAGAGCGCUUCACCUCUAAGAGUACUUAAGAGUGCUUAUUUCCACAGAGCGGGAAGGAAUAGUAAUAACGGUUAUCUAUUGCACAAAUCAGAUGUGUGAGAUGUGUCUGUCUGUAUGUGUUUGUUCAGGGUAUGUGUUACUCACAGACAAUCACCUGGGUUGGCCUGACCUUACUGUACAGUUGGCUCAAGUGGGCCUGGGAGCCGGCUAAACUCAGAUUAGGGCUCUGGGGCCAAUGCCAUUACUGCUGAAGGAGAAAAUGAAAGCUAGGUCGCUGGAUGGACAGGACAGCAAAUUAAGGAAGUGGGUUCCAAGGACAGAGGCUGGCCACAUCCUCUUUUCUCUGUAAGAUAACUCCAUAUCCACAGGUAGUAAUGUAUACAGGGCUCUCCUCCACCUGAGAGAACACAACUAACAGAAUCAGUAUCUUUUUUGACUGCCAAGCAUAAAAAACUUUCUAGAGAUUCUACAAACAGAGCUAGGGCCAUCGCCUAUUAAGGAUUUUCUUGGUCGACCAAAAGGCCCAGUUUCUGACUAAAAGGACUAUUGGACUGUAGUCAAGUGUUGAGCUAGAGAACUCAAAACGAGUCAGUUUCAGAAAAACAAUGACACAUUUUUAAGUGGUACAUCAUUCCACCUUCUGGAAUUAUCUCUGCAAAGUUCAAAGAUUUUAUUAGCAAUUAGCUAUGAGGUCUUCCAUUUCUGGGUAUAUGAACAGUUUAAACUAUAAUUCACUUGUAAAUCAAAACAAAUUAUUACACAAAUAAAGAAAAAAUUAAGCACAGUUAGUCUACUGGUGGAAUCUCGGUCAACCAACAAUCUCAUGACUAGCUGUGUUAGGUAGUCUCUAUUUACAGCCUUAUUUAUAUCUAUAUCAGAAGUUGUUUUUUUUUUUGAAGAAGUUAUCAAAUAUGCAUGAAAGAACCAACAUUCUGAUGGUUCUAUUGCCCCUGUAUGAUGUCACAGCCCACUUCAGCGUUCUAAUCCCACAAGGUCAGAUCUCACCAGGGAAGCCUAAUGUAUGUGUGAUCAGCUCUACAAUCGACUGCUUUAACUAGGCUAUUAAUGGGUUGCGAUUGAGUGUUUAAACUGGCGCACCUCUAAUGGAACCUGCACACCACUUUGCGACAUUCCCUUCGUCUUUAUCCGUUUCUCUUAUUUUUCUACUGAUUCCUCUAUUUUUGUACAUGUCUGCUUGACGCUAAGGUUACGGCAGUGACCUUGUUUCUAAUGCUGUGAAGAGUGCAGAUGCAAGCAAGCAUGCAUGUUGAAAGCUAUCAAAAGGCUGGAGCAGUUUGUAAAAAUAUUUCUCUUGGCACCCAGAAAAUUUGUAGUUUGUGGAUGCGUGCUUGCAGAGUGGGCCUAUGUGUGUUUGUUCAGUUUGUGUAUGUCUUGGAGUCCUCUCUGUCUGAAUUAAGAUUGUGGGUGACUCUGUAUCUUGUAAAAGAUCAUGUAAUUUGAACAUGACUCUCAUUAAAUGGUGAAAAAACA